CCGCGUGCCUUUCGCUUUGUACCUCCUUCGCCGCCGCCUCUUCCUCCUCUGCGGGGCGGGCGUGCAGGUGCCGGGCGGCUCUUCUCUUUCGCUUUCCUUUCGCCCGGGCGGGCGGCGGCCACAAUGAUGGCGGCGUGGUUCAGAGGGGCCGAGGAAGACCCGGGCGGCGAGGAAGAGGAGGAAGGCCUCUGGGAGUACGAUUCCACCUGGGAAGACGAAGGGGAGGAGGAGGAAGAGGGCAGGGAUGAAGGACACGAGGAGGAGGAGAGGAAGGAGUCGGCGGCUGUUGCAGACACCCCCAAGCCGGGGGCGACCCGGCCUCCUCGGAGGGGACGAUCGCCCUCCGCCAAGCAGGAGUGGCGGAGGCCGAAUCGUUCCGCGAUGAGUUUUGGAAGGUACAAGAGCACAAGCCGGCGCAACUGGAUGGCUGCUAAAGAUAUGCAGAGGUACAGGCAUAACUACCCGGAUUUGGAAGAAACAGACACUGAAACCCAAGAGGAAGAAAUGUGGAAUCUGAGCUUUUACAAAAAUGAGAUCUCCUUCGUGCCUCGGGGCCUCCUUAUAGAAGACCUCCUAGAGACAUGGCAACACGAUUAUGCAACUUUGGAAGAAAACCAUUCAUACAUUCAGUGGUUGUUUCCUUUGCGGGAGCAGGGGAUGAACUGGCGGGCAAAGCUUCUCACUUGUAAUGAAAUCAAGGCCUUUAGGAAAUCUGAGGAAGUUAUGGACCGGUUCGUCCGAGCUUAUAAGCUCAUGCUGGGUUUUUAUGGGAUAGAACUGAUCGACGAAAAAGAGGGCGAGUUGAGAAGAGCAGACAACUAUCUCGAACGGUUCUGGAACCUCAACCAGUAUACUCAUAACAAUCUGCGCAUCACCCGCAUCUUGAAGUGCUUGGGAGAGAUGGGGAAAGAACACUACCAGGUUCACCUCGUGAAGUUCUUCCUGACGGAGACUCUGGUUCAUCAGACGCUCCCGCGCGUGAUGAGAAGCGCUUUGGACUACUUCAUGUUCACGGUCCGAGACAAGCAGAAGCGGCGGGAGCUGGUACAUUUCGCCUGGCAACACUUCGAGCCAAAGCACGAAUUUGUCUGGGGCCGCCGUAAGAAACUCAUGGAAUUAAAACCUCGGUCCCCAGAGCUUCCUAACAAACUAGCCCCGAAAGAAGAGCAGGAGCUUGCUAAAGAAGGAGAGGGUGUGGAAGAGAACAAAUCCCGGUCGCCAAAUAAAAUACACGUGGUCGGGAAUGCUGCAGAUAGAGCGAACGAUAACGCAAAAGAGCAGCCGGAUUCAGACGAGUGUACGUCGGAGCUACCGUUGAGGCCAGUAAGCGAGCAUAAAACUUCAGAAACGACAGAGGAAUUUAGUUCCGGGUCAGUAGCAGAUGUCAAAACUGAAGGGGAAGAUGCAAAAGAAGGCUCUCUAAGUAGUGAAAUGAAAGCAGAUGGCAAGGAUUCCCCCAGCGAUUCCGGAAGCGGCGGUGGCGGAACGGACAGCGAGUCUCUAAAGGAAUCCAAGAAGAGGAAGUUUGAGACGAACCGGUCCAGCGGAGAAAGCGUCGGGUUAUCGAGAUCCCCCACCGACAUCGAGAAGAUCUCGUCUAACCUAGAAGAGGUGGUGAUCGAUCAAGACGGCCCGGGGAGCCUUCCGCUUACGGAGAAAGCGAAAUCGUCAAUAGAAGGAGGAGACGGUCAAGAUUUGAAAGAGGGCGACUCAAUCAGCGCUGUGGUGAAAAGGCGGAAAGUCGACGAGGUGGCCUCCGACGAGACGGUUACGAAAACAGCUGCAAAACUGGACACUGAGGUGACUUCCUUUGGAAGCCGAACACCCAGUUUCAAAAUGGCCGUCUCUGAGAAGGCGGAUGAGGUCUGCUCAGCAGAAUUCAAAAUGAGCAACAGUGAGACUUUGGAAUCUCAAAAUGAUUGCAGAACUGCAGAUGGUCUGGAUGUUCCAUUUAACUCCGAAACGACUGGUACUUUGGACCUUCCCUCUGGUGAUCCUGUGCCAGAUACAUCCAACGAGUGCGGGGCUACCUCCACGGUAGAGCGUGAACUAUCGCAGCCCUGUCCGGCCCUUAUUGCAAAUUCAAAGCAGGAAACAGGUGGUCUGGGACAGGAAGAGGCGGGGAUGAAAGGGAAGGCUGAGGACGCAGUCGGUCUUGAUGGAACGUCCAAAGCCACAGAGAACACCGCCCCUCUAGCCGAGGCAGACACAGAGAGGAAUCCCAGAUAAAAGCGGACUUGUUCUUCUUGUUCCAAAGGCUGGCGACAGACUGCGGAGUUUACCCGAGCGCAGAACGGCUCCACAGUCCGCACUACCUACGUGUUUUUUUUCCUGGUUGAAUUGUGGGGUGUUAUUUGUAUGUCUUUAUAGAGUACCAAAAUGGGUUAUCCUAACCAGGGGAGGAGGGAAGGUGCACGACUUGAGACUCGUGGUUUUCUGAUCUGAGUUGGUCUCCCGUGUA